CACGGAAGGGAGUCGACAAAAGUGAGAGUCUCAUCACCUUCGCGCCGUAGUUUACCGUCAACUUUUGGGCUGUUUGGGCACACGCUGAACACCAGACUAGUCAGUAGAGCUAGAACCUCGCAGAACAAAGAGGCUCACAAGUGGAGACCUCUGCGUUACAAGUUCUGUUGCCAGAACCUUCGAAGAACACAACGUUCUAGUUUUGGUCGUGAGCCGCUGCCGUCGGACAAAGUUUAAGAAUCAUGAAGGCGAUUGUUCUAGUAGUCGCAUGCGCGGUUGCUGUUGCACAUGCACAGUUCAAAUGCCCCAAGAGUCGAGGUCAGUUCGAGGAUCCCAUCCAGUGCGACAAAUACUACGAGUGCGAUGAGGGUGUGGCCACGGAAAAAAUAUGCCCUGAUGGUCUCGUGUUCGAUCCUACGAUCAAGCUGGUAAACAAGUGCGACCAACCCUUCAACGUUGACUGUGGAGACCGUUUGGAACUUCAGGAACCUCAGGGAACCUCGGAGUUCUGUCCCCGCAAGAAUGGAUUCUUCUCCCAUCCGGAUCCCGCGAUCUGCAACAUUUUCUACAGCUGCAUCAACGGCGAAGAGCUGGAGAUGAACUGCAUGGGAGGGCUGCACUUCGACGAAAAGACCGGAAACUGCGCCUGGGCCGAUAUUGCCGGUCGCGUUGGAUGCGGUAGCAACAGCAACAAGAAACUGAGCGACGGCUUCAUGUGCCCCAAGGAGACCCGCACGGACAAGAACGGUCAGAUCAUCACCCAUCCCAACUACCCGCACCCGAGCGACUGCUCCCGGUUCUACUACUGCCUGAAUGGCAUUGAACCACGCGCCGGACAGUGCGAUUCUGGCCUCGUCUACAACGAGGACGUCCAACGCUGUGACACCCCGGACAAUGUUCCGGAAUGCAAAGACUGGUACAAGGACGAUGACGAAAAGAGGACUCACUAAACAAGUGAGAGAGUUGUAACUGCCAUGUGUGAGUGCGAGUGCGAUGCGAUGAGUGCGCAAUGAAUGGUGACACCUACACCGAUAGGACUGUCCACAGAUGAGACUAAACAAACAACAACAAAUUUGCCUUCUGAGACAAAUACUCAGCUUAAAACGAUAACGUAUCGAUUUGUGAUUUCAAGCGUAAACAUUUUAAAUCUCCUAGAACUAAACCGUACCUUGUACACGUAGAGAACAAAAAAUCUAUUAACAAUCAAAUCUUUCAAAAAAAAUCUUAACCUCUACUCUUUCCUUUCCCGAUUGACUAACCCCCUUUACAACAUCACCUUGGUGAGAUCAUUUCACAAACUCCAACAACAACAAAAAAAGAAAACAAAAUGCAUGCUACAAUCCUUCCUGAAAACGCCUUCUUCACCUGUAGCAACUCAUUUUCUGUAACGAUCAUCUGAUUCUUUUCCACCUGCAGCUGUUUGUUUCCACCCUUGCGUACACCUUUCUCGCAUGCCUACUUUGAAAUCAUCUAUGAUUUCUCUGUUCUAUGAUAAUCUUUUCAACAUCUUACGAUAAAUUCUUAAUCAUCAAAUAAUUUAGAACUUGGUUCAGUACUUCACAAACAAUUUCUUAUUGUGUU